CCGUAUGUGCGUCUGGCUGUGAUGGACGAGGCGGAUGACGGUGAGGAGGAGCCCAAAUUCCUGCGCCCUCGACUAGCACCUCAAGUAAGCGAGGAUGGGAGCAGCGGAACCACGAUGAAGAAAUUAACGACAGUAGGCGGAGCCGCGUCCACUGCGCGCAAAAACUCCAACAGCAAUGAGCUGUGGCUCCUGCGGGGCGAGGACUCCGCACCUGUCAGUGGCAGUGGCAUCAGAGCCUGUGCUCUGUUGUGCCAGAGGGCUGCUGCUGACGGCUCACAGUCUGGGGACUCAGUGUCAGAGGCGGGCGUGAGGGGAGAAAGAGCCAUCGGUAUGAUAUGCAACAAAAACGGAGAUUGUAGAAGGGACCCGACCAGUUCAGGGAGUCUCUCCUCCCUCAUCUCCAAGCAGGAAAGGCAGACAUAUGGAGGAGUAGAAGACGAAGACUGUAAGGGGCAGGCUGCAGUCAUGGAUGGCUCCAUCACUUCGGCUGGGUCCUUGACUCAGGGGCCCGGGGCCGAGGUCAAGAGUGCGGCAGCGAUGGAGAAAAAGGACUCCAGAGUUUCCUUCUCCAACGCCCCGGCUAGUAAAGGACAGACUCCGAGCCAACACUCGAGAAACUCCGUGACAUUUUCCAAAGCUGACGAUGGUUCUCAGAUUGUGCCGGACGAUGAAGACUCCAGGGGGAAUCAGACGUACAUGCAGCGGCAGUUCAGCUCCAUGCUUCAGCCUGGAGUGAAUAAGUUCUCCCUGCGCAUGUUUGGCAGUCAGAAGGCAGUGGAGAAAGAACAAGAGCGCGUGAAGUCAGCGGGUAACUGGAUCAUACACCCAUACAGCGACUUCAGGUUCUACUGGGACUUCAGCAUGCUCAUGUUUAUGGUGGGCAACCUGAUCAUCAUCCCUGUGGGCAUCACCUUCUUCAAGGACGAGACCACCACGCCCUGGAUCAUCUUCAACGUGGUCUCUGACACCUUUUUCCUCAUGGACCUGGUGCUGAACUUCAGGACUGGCAUUGUGUUCGAGGACAACACAGAGAUCAUCCUGGACCCUGAGAAGAUUAAGAAGAAGUACCUGAAGACCUGGUUCGUGGUGGACUUUGUCUCCUCCAUACCUGUGGAUUAUAUCUUCCUCAUUGUGGAGAAGGGCAUCGACUCAGAGGUGUACAAGACGGCCCGAGCGCUCCGCAUCGUCCGCUUCACUAAGAUCCUCAGUCUGCUGCGACUGCUGAGGCUGUCCAGACUCAUCCGCUACAUCCACCAAUGGGAGGAGAUCUUCCACAUGACCUAUGACUUGGCCAGUGCUGUGAUGCGAAUUUUCAACCUGAUUGGUAUGAUGCUGCUGCUGUGUCACUGGGAUGGCUGUCUUCAGUUCCUCGUUCCCAUGCUGCAGGACUUCCCCUCUGACUGCUGGGUCUCCCUCAACAAGAUGGUGAACGACUCGUGGAGUGAGCUCUACUCCUUCGCCCUGUUCAAGGCCAUGAGCCACAUGCUAUGCAUUGGAUAUGGAAGACAAGCCCCAGAGAGCAUGUCGGACAUCUGGCUGACCAUGCUCAGUAUGAUUGUCGGAGCCACCUGCUACGCCAUGUUCAUCGGCCAUGCGACUGCACUCAUCCAGUCUCUGGACUCCUCCAGACGGCAAUACCAAGAAAAGUACAAGCAAGUGGAGCAGUACAUGUCCUUCCACAAACUCCCGGCUGACUUCCGACAGAAAAUCCAUGACUACUAUGAGCACAGAUACCAGGGCAAGAUGUUCGAUGAGGAGAGCAUCCUUGAGGAGCUUAACGAGCCACUGCGCGAGGAGAUCGUCAACUUCAACUGCCGUAAGCUGGUGGCCUCUAUGCCACUGUUUGCCAACGCCGAUCCCAACUUCGUGACAGCCAUGCUGACCAAACUGAGAUUUGAAGUCUUCCAGCCCAGAGACUACAUCGUCAGAGAGGGCACCAUUGGCAAGAAGAUGUACUUCAUCCAGCACGGGUCGGUCACCGUCCUCACCAAAGGAAGCAUCGGCAUGAAGCUAAUGGACGGCUCAUACUUUGGAGAGAUCUGUCUGCUGACCCGUGGCAGACGGACAGCCAGCGUGCAAGCAGACACCUACUGUCGCCUGUACUCACUCUCUGUGGACAAUUUCAAUGAGGUGCUGGAGGAGUAUCCCAUGAUGAGGAGGGCCUUUGAAACGGUUGCCAUCGACAGAUUGGACAGGAUAGGCAAGAAGAACUCCAUUCUAAUGCACAAAGUUCAACAUGACCUGAACUCAGGUGUCUUCAACAACCGUGAGAAUGAGAUGAUCCAAGAGAUAGUAAAAUAUGAUCGGGAGAUGGUUCAACAAGUUGAUGUACCAAGACAACGGGCCAUGUCCAUGACUCCUUCAGAUUCCUCCAUCCAGCCACCAAAUUCCGCAAUUGCCACUUUGCAGCAGGCUGUGGCCAUGAACUUUUGUCCACCCAUGCAAGGGAACUCGGUAGGAUCAGGUAGCUUGCAGUCUCCUAGGAUGGUUCGGAGAUUCCAAGUAUUGGAAAGUGUAUCCAGCCCUGUCUCAGCCUCUCCUUUGCAGUCUCAGCUCUUUGCUUCCGGUGCCUUUGCUCCAAUCCUGUCCACCCCUCCUUUUCAGAGUCCACUGGCAGUUGGAGGACGAUCAUUCCAGUAUGGAGCUAGUGCCAUGACUGGUCCAACCUCAGGCUCCCAGCUUUCUCUAGUGCAGCAGCACACUGCCAGCCCUGCACACCGGCCCAGUUCCCAUAAGAGUACCCAUUCCUUACAAAUGGACAGUCUGAGCCAAGAUGCUAGGGCACUGUCUGCCUCUCAACCCUCACUGCCUCAUGAGGGGGCACAACUAGGUGCCCUUAGUCCACCCCAAUCCACACGAGUAUCCUCCACUUCCAUUGGACCCACUCAGACCCCAUCAGCUCACACUGGCAUCCGCAGCGCUAUACCACAUAGGGUGGUACUGCCUCACCAGAUGUCCUUCCCUGUAGCGUCUCUGCCUGGUUCUAUGCAGGGUUUUGGGGCUGGUGCAGGACUGGCAGUAGGGGGCUUGGGAACAGGUCUUGGGGACUCGGGGCUACCCAAGAAAGAUUCUGUAGUGAGCCUUCCUGAGACAGAACAUGUCAAAGUUAGAUCCAGGCUAUCUUCAAACUUGUGAUCUUAAUGAAAUUAUUUUGGAGAAGUGACUCAAUCAGGGGCUUGACUGCUGGAGUGGUGAUUUAUGUUCUUUCUCUUACAGUUUUUCUUCUCUGUACCCACUCCAGUUUGACUAUCCGAAUGUAUGAAUGUUGAGUGAGUGGCAGCAAGGAGUAUCUAAAGGGAGACUGUUAUUACAUUAUUAAGUCUGUAUGUUGACUUUUGAAUCUGCAGCUUUGAGAUAAUUCUACUUACAAAGUAAUUGCACAAAUCAGUAGUGAUAGAGUAGCAUCUUCCUUACUCUGACCCCUUUAUGUAGUUUAUUUCACAACAUAGUCAACAACAUGUUGGUACAUAUGCUUCAUUAACCAAUCAUUCUCCUCAUUUUAUGAAAACCUUGGGUCAGAUGGGACUAAA